UCUAUGAAAACAGUAAUAAACAAUUUAUGUGGUUCUUAAUGAUUAAUAUAAAGAAGUAUAAAAUGAACCGUAAAAUGAUUAUCGCGUACACGGCGGCUGUGUUUAUAAAUAUCUGCUAUUUAACAUUCGCUGAUAAUGAGACGGUAUAUAUAAACGAGACGGCCAUAAACAACAUCAUAACUUCAAAUGUACCAGUUAAUCUGAACGAGGUUGAUGGUGAGAAAGUCAAUAACUUUUUAUAUGGAGAUAUGGAUUUAGAAGAAGAACCAUUGGACUUGAGCGAUCUGGAUCCAUACCUGAACAAACUGGCAUACGAAACGGCUCACUCAAAGUUGCGAAUGGUUGAAAUCGAAGUGAACAAAUCUAGAAGGUUCCACGACACGCCCGGAUACAUAUUGAAUCCGUAUUUCGAGAAAAAAGCCAUGGAUUUAAUGCAGCAGUCGAUUUAUGUAACGAGGGACAGGUUGAACGACACGCGACAUAUCAGGCGAAUGUAUUCAAGGGAUCCGGCCUACAACAUAGCCAUUUUGUACGGAUCGUUGAUGCAGAUAAGAAUCAAAAUGGACCAUAUAUAUGGUACCAUUAACAGAUUUGGUAAAUAUACAAGAUUUUUAUGGUACAUUGUGUUGUAUGAGAAGUGUUUAGCUGCCAGUAUUGACGUGGAGUUUAUGGUGCACAAGAUAUAUAUGUUGGCUACGCAGUUGAAGAGUCUGUUUCAGGACGUUGAGUACGGCGAUUACGGACCAGAUCCAAAUGAGAUGGCAAUGUUGAAAAAUAUAACAGGGUAUUUGCCCUCCCCAUGAAAUACAACUUUUAUCAUCUUGUUCUAAAAUUGGUGAUUUAUUUUCAUAUUAAUAAGAUAAUAAUAAAUAAAAUCUUCCAAAUAA